AUGAAUUUUUCAAUACUAUUAUCAUUAUUAGUGAGCGUCUGCUCCCUAGUCCAGGCUGAGGUUGGAUCGGUCUUUUCCACGGACUUUGAAGGGUAUUGGUCGUCAGUUUUAGAGUCAUCAAUUGACAAUCAUUUGAAUGAGCUGGUAAAGUAUGCUACCCAGGACGAACCUAUGAUUAUCUUCCAGUUUGAUAACUAUAAGCUAAAUUCUCUGCUUUGGAAAGGAAGCAGUGGAAAAUACCGGUUCCUUGAAGAUAAAUUUUACUUCCCUCGUCAUUCCGUCGUGUUCAAUAAAGAUUAUAUCUUGGAAGAAAAUAGUGAUUACAGUAUUGUGGAUUUGCAUGGCAAGCUAAAUGAUGAGUACUUAGAGUCAUUGAACUCUGUGCAACCUGGUAGCAAGGUGGUUUUGAUUCGUUUUAAUGAUAACCAGUAUGAUCUUGCACAACUGGAUCAAUUUCUAUCGAAGAGUCAAGAGCAGUUAGCAAAAAUUCUGCCCAACACCAGGAACAUUGCCCUCCAAUUCUUUGAUAGAUCUACAGGUAGCUCUAAAGGUAAAAAUAGACAAGCAAGGGAUGAACCAGAUCAGAGAGUCGGAUCAACUCCUGAAUCUAUAGAUAAAAAGCCAGACUCCGACGACGAAAAUGCAAGUAAGCUCUUCACGGAGGGGUUGUUGAGUUGUUUAUUGAUCUCAGGAAUAUUGCUAUGGAUUCUUGUUAUAGCUAUAUAUUGGUUGGUGUCUUUAGAUAUCUCAUACGGCGCCUUACAGAAAUCUACUAAUCCAUUGAAGAAGACCAACUAG